GCUCUAAGCUGUCAAAACCGACUGGGUCGAUUUUUUUAAUGGCGGUUUACAAGUGAUUGUGGGUAAUAAACUAAAAUGUGAUAAGUCAAACGCAUUAAAAAACAGGUGAAAAUUAUAUGUAAUUAAUGCAAUAUACUGAAAUUGUGUCGAGAGUAGUACACCAAACGCUGUUUCCGAUGUGGAAGCAGUUACAGAUGGGACUACGAGCAUUUUUGCUUAUAGCAUCAAGAGUUUGGACAUGCUUAUGUUAUACAUUGAAAAAACAAACUCGAGCCAUUAUACAACAUCAGUCUGUUAAAUAUGAUUUGUUUCCUCUGUCUCCCUUAUCAAGGCAUAGGCUAAGUAUAGUGAAACGAAAAGUCCUGGUUCUUGAUUUGGACGAGACUUUGAUACAUUCGCACCAUGACGGUGUGGUUAGACAGACGGUUAGGCCGGGAACGCCGCCAGAUUUCGUACUUAAGGUUGUUAUAGACAGACAUCCUGUGAGGUUCUUCGUUCAUAAGAGACCCCACGUGGAUUUUUUCCUAGAUAUAGUUUCCCAGUGGUACGAGCUGGUUGUAUUCACGGCCAGCAUGGAAAUAUACGGUGCGGCAGUUGCUGACAAGUUGGACGCCGGAAGGGGAAUCCUGCAGAGGCGGUUCUACAGGCAGCAUUGUACUCCAGAUCUGGGAUCGUACACCAAGGAUCUGAGUGCCAUUUGCAAUGAUCUCUCCAGCGUAUUCAUUCUGGAUAACAGUCCGGGAGCAUAUCGAGCCUAUCCUGACAAUGCAAUACCGAUAAAAUCGUGGUUCUCGGACCCCACGGACAUAGCAUUGCUCAAUCUACUUCCUGUGCUCGAUGCUCUGCGUUUCACGGCGGAUGUUAGGUCUGUCCUGUCGAGAAACCUCCACUUGCACAGGCUUUGGUAGAAAGGUUGUCAGAUGUAGUGAUCUUGGAUGUCUUUCUUAAUGUUCCAUCUUCCAAUCGUCUACAAGAAGUAUUUGUUACUAAAUUGUUUGCGAUGUACGUAUUUUAACUAUUUUCUGUUUUAUUCCGUUAAGGUUCUACUUUUGUUUGCAUAUUGGAAAUGUAAGAGUUGCACUUCAAAAAAGACUUAUUCACUGUUGUGUUCACCAUUUAAUUUAUUUUCGUAUUAUUUAUUUUGCGUUUAUUGGCUAGUUUUGUUAUCGUUUUGUUGAGCGGUAGGGUGAGGAACAAUUGUAUACUAAAUUGGUUGUACGAGUGUAAAUAAAAAUUCUCAUUUAAUUUGAAAAGUAACAUCACACCUAGAUUCAAAAUAUAGUUUACGAGACGUAAAACUUCGAUUUGUACCUGCUUGAAUUUUUGCUAUUUUGAAGUGUAUUACUCUAAUUAAAAUGUACACGAUUUUAUAAAACCAAAGAUGUAGAUUAACAUUCUCUUGGAAGAUUUCUGUAGGUGUGCUUUGAAUGAGACAAAGACAUAUUUUUGUACCGUUAUUAGCUGAUGAUUGAACAAGAAUUUUUAUUUGAAUAAUAUAUUUUUGUUUUAUUGAGAAGAUAUUUAUCAACUUUAAGCUCUGUGCAGUUUUUAUGUAUUACGUAUAUUUUAAUCCAAUGUGGUUUUAUUAUAUUUAUAUUUUAUGCGAGGGUACCGUUGAUAAUUUUCAAAGGUCUCCCAGGUCUGAUGUUAAAUGAUUCACCCUGUAUAAAACAUUUUAUUAUUUAACUUUCCUCCUAUAAUCGCAAAAUUUAAAUAAGUGGCAAGGUUAUUUUAAAUUUUUUUAUUUACUUGUUUCAAAUUUAUAUCUCAUUAGUUUCCUAAUAAUGUUUGUUCCUUAAAAAUUUGAAAUAGGUAAUAAAUUCGAGGAAGCGUUUGCGGGAAAUACGUGAGUCACAUUUUUGUUUCGACUUGCCAGUUUUAUUUUUAAACAGCAGAGCUUUCGACCUGUUAUGAUGUAUAAUAUUUAUUGACUGUAAAGUCGUGUUAAUUGAACAUGUAGUAAAUGUUUUAGAGUAGGUUAUUUUGUAAUUGUAGGUUGUUAAAAAUUUUCUGCAUCAGAAAAUUUUUAGUUUUCAUUUUUAAUGUACCCAACGGUAGUUAUUUUUUAACUAUUAGUGGAUAUAUUAAAAAUAUAAUAACACGUUGCAUGUGUACAUAAGUUGUAGUAUAAAUUUGUUAGGAAAAUACGAUAAGUAACGGUUUCUAUUUUUAGUUGUACUUAAAAUCGCAUUAUGCAGGUACAAAUUAUGCCAUUUGUUCAUCCUGUUUGUACUUGCCAAAAUAGCACAAAAUCAUAAACAUUUUUUUUUCUGUAAAUAUUUGUACAAAAUGUAAACAUGUCAACAUUUUUAGAAAACGUGAGCUUUGUUCUCACACAAAAACUGUAUAGAAAAGUAGUGAUUAUUAUUUAUUUUUAAUAUUUUGGCAAAAUCUUUAUAGGAAAUUUGUUACACAUUUAUUCAUAACUUUUUUUUUUUUGUUUAAAUAGAACAAGUUUUUAACCUGUUUUAAAUGUAAUUAAACAUCAUUAUUGUAGAGAUACAAGUUAUAUCAACUGUUAGUUCUUUUUAAACUACUCUGUACAUAAGAACUUGUAGAAUAUUUUUCAUUAAAUUAUUACCAUACUCUGGUAUUUAUGGAAAAUAAGAUAACUUGGAACAAGAAGUACCUAAUAAUGACUUUUACAGUGAAAUUGUAAAUUAUAUUAGAAUAAAAUUUAAC